GGCUGAAGGGGGUCAAAUGAAGCUGAACAAAACUACAUCACCCAUACAAACGUUAACUGGGGCCAAAGGUAGUGUACGUUUCGACGGCUAGGACCGCUUUCGGGGCUAAUUUCUAAGCUAACGCGAAGAAUUUAAAAUAAUAUAAGAUAAAGUAAUACCUCUAGUACAACUUAUUGAAGUUGUAGUGCACAUCGUAGUUAUUUUCCAUUUUGCAAAUGAGCCUAUUUUGGUAGAUAUUGCUUCCUAGAUGUUAUCCUGCCUUCCUUAAGCUGUGAGCUAGUUAUGCAGCUAAUGCUAACCAGGCACAACCACAGCUCGUCACGGUCCUGUUCUUUUCCCCAUUAAAAUAAAAAUAGCAAAUCAUUAAAUGUCCUAACGCGUAAUGCGUAGUUAUCUAAGCAAUCAACCUAGGCUACAGUGGAUAUAAAUGUUGUUUUGAAUGUCAGAAGGGGACAGUGCUGGGGAGUCAAUCCAUGGGAAAACUUCUGUUGUGGCUGCCUUUUUCACACGAGUUGGACAGGUCUAUCAGUCAUGGCUAGACAAGUCAACACCAUUCUAUGCAAUGCGGUGGGCAGGAACUCUACUACUUACUCUUGUCUACAUGAUCAGAGUGUAUCUACUACAGGGUUGGUAUAUAGUAACAUAUGCUUUGGGAAUCUACCAUCUCAACCUGUUCAUUGCUUUUCUGUCGCCAAAAGUGGAUCCCUCACUGCUUGAAGAAGAUGAGGGCCCAUCCCUUCCCACCAAGCAGAACGAGGAGUUCCGCCCUUUCAUCAGGAGGUUGCCUGAAUUCAAAUUCUGGCAUUCAGCGACAAAAGGCAUCGUCAUCGCCAUGAUUUGCACAUUUUUUGAUGCCUUCAAUGUGCCAGUAUUCUGGCCUAUACUUGUAAUGUACUUCAUCAUGCUCUUUUGCAUCACCAUGAAGAGGCAGAUUAAACAUAUGGUCAAGUACAGAUACCUACCCUUCACACAUGGGAAGAGGACAUACAAAGGCAAGGAAGACACAGGGAAAGCUUUUGCUAGUUAAAAAAACUCCCACUCUCCCUUCCUCUUUGUUGCAUUUAAAAUUUAUUGGCCACAGCCAUUGGGGAAUGAUGAGGGUUAGAGAUGUAUUUUCUUUUUGUCAGUUGAACAGUAACAUGAAAACAUGAAAAAUACAAGUUUUGAUCCACAGUGUUCUCAGUGUUGGACGAGGAUACGAGCAGCAUGGAUCAAAUUAGUCUAAAAAUCUAAACUACUCCCUUUGUCUAAUGAGGGUUUUUUUCUGUUUGUUUGCUUUUUGGGGGCUUUUUUUUGUUUUGUUUUUCAAGGAUUGAUCUGCAGUUACUCAGUAAUAGUUAGGACUAAGUGCUACCUUUUGCCUUUCUAACCCUAAAGAGUAACAGUAAAGACAUCAAAACUGAAAGAAAUUUGCAGUAAAAUGAGUGAUUUUUUUUUUUUGUUUGUUGUUGUUUUGUUAUGCUUUGUUUCCACUGGUUUAUUCCAGUACACCCCCUCUCUAAAAUUCACUAACUUUUAAUUCAUGUAAUUUCUCAUUUACAAAAAUAUGAUAAAGUUGUUAACGUGAUAUCAGAUGGAAAUGCAAGAGUCUUCAAAUUAAAAAUUUUCAUCUUCGUGAUGAGAAUAUCCUGCUGCUCUGACUUAAAUAUCUCUGGCACUUGUCCUUUGUUCUAAAUAAAGAUACCUGGAAAAAUUGGCUGCUUUUUACGUGAAUAUUCUUUCAUGAAGGCCCCCCCCCCCC